GAACCGGACAGGCGGAGGCGCAGACGGCAAAACGCCGAGUCAACGGCGCAACGCCACUCGGGGCUCCCUUUCACCGCUCCCGAGUUCCUGACGCCGUGGGCCGGGUCAUGAGACCCCAGGGGCGGGCCUGCCUCGGUAACCUCGCAGCCGGAUUUGUCUCCUCGGCGUCCCGGGGGCAGGAAGCGGCUCGCAGCAGACAGACACGCGCGCGUCCGCUCAGUCGGUCCGCUGCAAACAUGGCAGAGGAGGCGAAGAAACUGGCCGCGUACGCCGCCGUAGAUAACCACGUCCAGAACAACCAGGCGGUUGGAGUGGGCAGCGGGUCGACCAUCGUCUACGCCGUGGACAGAUUGGCGGAGAGAGUGCGUCAGGAGAAGCUCAACCUCGUGUGUGUCCCCACCUCCUUCCAGGCUCGUCAGCUGAUUCUGCAGCACGGCCUCGCGCUGUCGGAUCUGGACCGGCACCCGGAGCUGGACGUGGCGAUUGACGGAGCAGACGAAGUGGACGCAGACCUGACACUGAUCAAGGGCGGAGGCGGCUGCCUGACUCAGGAGAAGAUUGUGGCCGGCUGCGCCAAACAUUUCGUUGUCAUUGCCGACUACAGGAAGGACUCCAAGGCUUUGGGCCAGCAGUGGAAAAAGGGAGUUCCUAUUGAGGUGAUCCCCAUGGCGUACGUUCCUGUCUCCAGGAUGAUAGCCAAGUGCUUUGGAGGGGAGGCCAACUUGCGGAUGGCUGUCAGUAAAGCGGGUCCCGUGGUCACUGACAACAGCAACUUCAUCCUGGACUGGAAGUUCGAGCACGCUCAGAACUGGAAGGAAGUCAACACCGCAGUCAAGAUGAUUCCAGGUGUGGUGGAGACGGGCCUUUUCGUCGGCAUGGCUGAACGGGCCUACUUUGGGAUGGAGGACGGAAGCGUGCAGGUUCGGGAUCCUCCACUCCACUGACGCGUUCGCCAUACCCACGGUCGUCCCUCUUCUCGAAUGACCUCACCUCUCCCCCGCAAGUGCCGUUUUCACGAUUUACGCCUGGUCUCUGGGUUUGGACAGAGCUGCGCCUCCAGCAGAACUGGACGAAACCGUAGCAGGGAAGUUUUCACGCAUCUCGAAACCAGACACAAAUUCAGGGUCACUUUAGUUUUUCUCAUCCCGCAGGUGGUGCUUCUGAUUCUGCGAGUUUUAAAGUGCCUGAUGAGUAAAAUCAAGUACAUCUGAUACACUUCGUGUUGUGUUUUAGUUUUUUUUUUUUCUUUCUUCUUUCCUGUAUGUAUUGUUGCUCAGUUUGGCUGCCUGGUCACACUGGGAACGUUGGCUCUUCCUGUAAUUAGCGGGUUUGACCGAACGUCUGCAGUGCGAUGGUUCUCCACCAGUGUGGUGAGUCAAUGCAGUGCCGCAGAACGAAACUAAUGUGUGCCUUGAGGUAAUAAUUUCAGUCCUUUUUAAAAAGAAAUCAUGCUAUUAAAGCUAUAUUUGAAAAGCUCAUCAUCAUACAUCAAACUAUUAUCAUCUGCCAGGCUGCUGCACACACAAGUCCAUCAGCCAAGUGAAAGCUCAAGACAUUGUAAGCAGUAAAAAAAAGCUGAUAUGCCUUUAAGUCUUAAUUAGGGAGGAAUUAAUGCGAACUAUAUAGCACAACAUAAAGAAGUUAUACUUUUCUUCCAAGGGAAAUAAAUUUCUCUAAUAUGAUACUUUUAAACAGCAAGAAGCUCCAAAAAUGAAUGAGAUCAAUGACAAUUAUGGGAAACCCUGCGGUGCAGGUAGGAAGCUUCCAUUAUUUGGUUAUCGUGUUAGAAAUACAAGUCACAUUGUCCGGGCCGUAAUGAAACGCAACGUAUGUUUCGCUGGCACGGACGCGGAGACAUCACAGCAGAAUCAAAAUUCUGGGUUAUCUGCUCUGUCGUCUCGUCCACCAGUGGUGCGGCUCAUUUCUCAUCAUUUUGUGACAGUAAAGUGAUUUAAAUUUUAAACGUCUCAACCGUUCAGCUACAUUCGCCAACGGGUUCAGAUAUUCCGUUGUUUAGAUAGACUUUGUCCUUGUGGAAGUGACGUCGGUACAGAUCAGACAGGUGUUUUUCUCUGCGUUAAUCUGCAAAGCGACUCCAUUCUGUUGGAGAGAUUCCUUCACCGUUGGCGCACUCGCUGUGAGCAGAGCCGGACGGAAAAUUUGAGCUCAAGGUUUUAACGCGUUAAUUCCGCUGGCCAGCUGGCUACCUAGUUUAUGAUGAAGCAGUUCAAAUGUAGCUCUCCGUGGCUGUUGAAUUUUAGCCACUGUUGCCAUCGACCAAAUGAUCUGGUUUCCUGCUCUGAGUAAAGACAGAGUUUGAGAAACCUUUGUGGUUUCUUCUCGGUUUCGACAGGGUUUCAUGUAGUCACAAUGGUCAAGUCCAGCAGGCCGGAAGCCAACAGCCUCACUGUUUAACAAAACACACUGUGUGUACGUCUGCGCAUGUACUGACUCCACUGUGCUUGUUCCGUUUUUGUGCCUGUAAGUCACUUGCAUGACGGUCUCUUUAUUCCUCACACACGCUGUCCGGUCACAGGAAGUCUUGUGUCAAAAAACUUAAACCUAAAUGAAUGUUUUAUGGUAGCGGUGAUUGGCAGUUAUGCUGUUUAAGUGUCACUUUUAACGGUGAACUGUGUAGCUCACACACGAACCAAUGCGACCACAUGUACAUUUUAUGUGCCUUGGCACGCCAAAGCAAUAGAGCGCCCUCUUUGUUUCAGAUGAAGUAAAAUGAAUUGGUGGAGUAGCCGGUAAUGUUGUUGUAACAACUGCCUACAGCAACAUCGGCAUCGCAGCAAACAUUUCGCUUGAAGCUGCACCAUGCAGUUUUAGGAAAGACAAUUCAGUAUGUAAAUGUGUCCAGAAAAAUGGGAUAUAAUUAAGGAUAAAAGAUGAUUCUCUGAAGAUUGGUUUAAUUUGUGUUCAGCUCUUUCAAAGAAACAUCCAAGACAUUUCAUAUCUGGUCAGGUUUUCAUUUUAUCUCUAAUUACAGGUCAUAUUGAAUUAAAAAAAAAAAAA